CGGAACUCUCCUUCCCUUCUCUAAAUCAAUCCCUCAUCCGGAAUUUCAGUUCCCGGCUCACGUGGUGAUAAAUAUAUAUAUAGUAUAUGUAUGCAAGAGCUGGUUUUGAUUCAAAUCCCAAUUGGGCCCUAAUCCAGUCCUCAAUUCAUCUUUAUUCCCGUCAAUCGGUCAGCGUCCAUCAUGGACGUGGUUCUGGAUGUGCUAGAUACCCUGGCAUUUGAUCGACUAUAUGCGACGCUUCUUCCACUGCCUCGGGCUGCCCAAAUAGCACAUCACUUGUCCUUCAAUAGCACAGAAUCGGCAACAUUAAACCAAAAUGUGAACCGUUACUUCACCCUGUCGCCUUCCGAAUGGGCCACACAAAGCAUCUUACCACGAGACCACAUCCUUCGACAGAGUUUGAGUCUAUUCUUGAUUACAUGGGCAUUUGGCGUCAUUGUCUACUUUCUUAGUGCGACCCUUUCAUUCCAUUUCGUCUACGACAAGCGCGCCAUGAAACACCCGAAGUUCCUACGCAACCAGAUCUCUCUGGAGAUCAAGCAAGCCAUGAAAGCAAUGCCCGGGAUGGCAGUCCUCACGGUGCCAUUCUUCCUGGCAGAAGUUCGGGGAUACACGAAGCUGUACGAUUUCUCCAGCCAAGCGCCGUUUUCGCUCUACACAUACCUUCAGUACCCCCUCUUCAUCGCGUUUACCGAUUUUGGAAUCUAUUGGAUCCACCGCGGGGAGCAUCACCCAAAGGUCUACAAGCAUCUUCACAAGCCCCAUCACAAGUGGAUCAUCUCAACCCCAUAUGCCAGCUACGCCUUUCACCCGGUGGAUGGGUGGGCACAGAGCCUGCCAUAUCACGUCUUCCCAAUCCUGUUUCCUCUGCAGAAAUUUGCUUACCUGGGCCUUUUUGUCUUUGUAUCAACGUGGACUGUUAUGAUCCAUGAUGGAGAAUAUGCCCUCGACUCUCCCGUUGUCAAUGGAUCCGCUUGUCAUACCAUCCACCACUACUAUUUCAACUACAACUAUGGCCAGUUUUUGACCAUCUGGGACCGUAUCGGGGGAAGUUAUAGGAAGCCGAACGCAGAGUUGUUUGACCGCGAGGUGCGGAUGACUCAAACUGAGAUCAAGAAACAGAUCGAGGAGAUGGACAAGUUUGUCAAGGAGGUGGAGGGCGUCGAUUACCGAUGCUACCAAAAUCAGAAGACGCUUUAGUGACUGAGUCUAUUUGUUGUUUUUGAUGGUCACACACCUGUAUGGUAUUCAUAACAGGGCGGAUUGGUUCCCGCUCUGAAUUAAGAAGAGUAUAUACUUAGUGUUUAAUUUAAUUAACGAGAAUUUGUUUCCAAGUUGACAAUUAACAUCAGAAUCGGAGAAGAGAUAUGGUGGAGUAUUAGUAUUGCCAACCUAAUUCGCAAGGCAAAACAGUGGGAAUCCGCCACACUAUGUCGCCGGAAGGCGCUCAG